CCCUAGGUGUCAACUGGUGUAUAUAACCAUCAUUUUCCGUUUUAAACCCCACACCACCAGCACACCACCGUAUUAAUAUAAUUCAUUCUUCCGUACACCACCACGAUCUUCUUCUCACGCCAUGGAUUUCGGCUUCGGCGACCUCGACGGUCCGUCGAAGGCACCGGCGACGAAGUCCACAAGGUUUGCUCCCAAGAACUCCAAGUUAAAACCCAAACGGGAACCAGAAGCACCGGCUCCUUCUUCCGUAUCGAAUCCAGUCACUGUUCCUAAGGUGGAGUUAGAAGAUUUAAAACCGCCGCCGCCAACACCACCGCCAAUCGCAACGGUAGACUCCAAGGCUGAAAUUGAAAAGCCCUCGCACACUGUUCCUCCUUCUCAUGAUGAUAAUGGUGAUGUGACAAUGGAUACUGAUGCGACCGAGAUGGAAAUAGACAAUGAUCAACAAGAUGAAGAAGAUCAUGUUGUUCGAGAAAUUGAUGUUUACUUUAAUUCUUCGGCUGAUGCCAAUUCCAAGCUAUACGUCUUGCAAUAUCCCUUAAGGCAACGCUGGAGGCCAUACGAACUUGAUGACAGGUGUGAGAAGGUUAGAUUGAAACCAGGAACCGCUGAAGUUGAGGUUGAAAUGUCUGUUCAAGUUAAUUCUGAAAAUUUUGAUCCUGAUGUAACAGACAAAGCAAUGAAAAAGCAGAUAUUAUCAACUUCAUGGAAGCCACCAAUAGCAAAUGGUUAUGCUAUAGGGAUUCUGAUGGGCAAUGAGUUGCACCUCAAUACUGUUAAUGCAGUUGUGCAACUCCGGCCAUCAAUGCAACAUCUUAAGCCAUUGAAGAAGAUGAACACAGCUCAUGCUGACACAAACAUGAUUGAUUCAGAAGACAUCAAGGAUGAAAAAACUAUAAAACAACCCAAGAAACAGAGCAAGGUGCCAGGGGUUCCAAUUGAGCAAAAUGGUGGUAUUAAAGAGGAGGAGUGGAUUCCCCUCAAGUACCAUGGUGAGGCUAGUCAAUUGUCAAAUAAAUGCCUACAAAACAUGGUUAAAAGCCAAGAUUCUCAAAUCCAAGAUGCUCAAAUAAAGUUUUCCAUGAAUCAGUCUGAUUAUAUUGACUCCUUGUGUCCUGCCACUAGUGUUAGACCUAAACGCCCAUCUGUGAGUUCUUUGGUUCAAAUUCCAAUAGAAGAGCGUUAUAAGAAGCGGCUUCUUGAGGGGGCUCCAGUAAGAUUCAAUGUACUUAAACACAUAGCUCCAGAUUGUAGUGAGGAAGAAAUGUUGAAAGUCCUUCAAACUCACGCCCAAUUGGUUCAAGGAUUAUGGGUAGCAAAAAGUAAAGUGAAAUACAAUAAAGAUGCAGGAAAAGAGCUUUUACUUAGAAACUAUGUAAUGCUUGAAUUUAGCAAAAGUCCCAUUUUUCGUGAAUCACAGCUACCAAAACAAUCUUCCAUCAGUGAAAUGAUGAAAACCAUAUUGGAUGAAUUUGGUGCAAGAAGAGAUUCCUUCAGGGAUUGGAAAUUUAGAGAGGCUAGAGAUGAUUUAUUUAUAAAAGAAUAUCCACAUAUUGUUGAGGAACAAAAAAAGAUUUGGGAUCGUGUGGAACCACAAAUUAUUGAGGUUUUAUUUCCAAAGAGCUCCAAGCAUGGGAUUGGUGAUAAAAGGCCUAUAUUAAAUAAUAAUAAUAAUAAAAAUAAUGUUGAAACAAAACCUCCAAUUGUACAACCUUCUAAGGGUGUGAUGCUGGAUGAAACCCGUGAGGCGUUACCAAAAGCCCUUCAGAAACUUUUCCAAUCUUACAAAGUUUGCAGCUUGAACCAAAUUCGUCAAAGAUUGCGUGACAUGGCAGUGUCUGAAAACACACUCAGGAAGGGGACAAGAGAGGCGAGAGCUGCAGCAGCAGCAGCAGAUGCUCCACAAGAGGAGCUUCUCAAAACCUUAACUCAACUUGCUGUUAACAUACACGGUGUCUUUGUCUCCAAAUCAUCCCCAGAUCACCCUCAAUAUGAUGAUUUCAGGAGUAUUGUGAUCGAGCUUUUAAUUGCGGAAGGACCGAAAGGAAGGCUUAAAAGGAGCUCCAUUGAAGCAGCUGCAGAAAUGAAGCUCAAAAGGGAACCAUCUGAUACCGAGUUUAAAAAGGUAUUAACUGAGAUAUGCGUUACUCAGAAUUCUGGGUGGGUCUUGAAGAGUGGGGAUGGAAGUCCAACAUAGAGAGAACAUCUGUUUUUCUUAUUCAUAGAAUUUUUUGGUUUUAAUUGGAAAGGAGUAAAGUAAGUAAAUAUAUGGUUUAUUUUACUAGUAGAUGCUGGUGUUAAUGUUAUCACUUCACUUAUCAGAACGUAAGAAAACUUGGCGCAAUAUAUUAGUAGAUGAUGUCGUUAA